AUGUUUAACCCAGACGUGUUAGAUUGUCCAGCUGUCAUAUUUGACAUUGGGUCCGGGCUCUGUAAGGCAGGCCUGUCUGGAGAGGUUGGCCCCCGCCACGUCGUCCACUCCGUCGUGGGGCACCCCAAGUUCAAGAUGCCUUCGGCAGGGGCCAAUCAGAAGAAGUACUUUGUGGGGGAAGAGGCCCUGCACAGGGACGAGGUCUUACACCUGCACUACCCCAUCGAGCGAGGCCUGAUCACAGGCUGGGACGACAUGGAGAAGCUCUGGAAGCAUCUCUUCGAGUGGGAGCUGGGGGUCAAAGCCAGCGACCGGCCGGUGCUCAUGACGGAGCACUCGCUGAACCCCAGGGAGACCCGGGAGAAGAUGGCCGAGGUGAUGUUUGAGAGCUUCCACGUGCCCGCUUUCUACCUGUCGGACCAGGCCGUGCUGGCCCUCUACGCCUCGGCCUGCGUCACGGGCCUGGUGGUGGACAGUGGGGACGGGGUCACCUGCGCCGUCCCCAUCUUUGAGGGCUACUCCCUGCCCCACGCCACCACCAAGCUCUACGUGGCGGGGAGAGACAUCACGGAGCACCUCACCCGGCUGCUGCUGGCCAGCGGGAGGACCUUCCCGUGUGUGCUGGACAAAGCCCUGGUGGACGACAUCAAGGAGAAGCUCUGCUAUGUGGCCCUGGAGCCGGAGAAGGAGCUGUCGCGGAGGGCAGAGGAGGUGCUCAGGGAGUACAAGCUGCCCGACGGCAGCAUCGUCCGUAUCGGGGACCAGCUGUACCAGGCGCCCGAGGCCCUGUUCUCGCCUGAGCAGCUGGGCGUCCAAAGCCCGGGCCUCUCCAGAAUGGUCUCCAGCAGCAUCGCCAAGUGUGACGCCGACAUCCAGAAGAUGCUCUAUGGGGAGAUGGUGCUGUCCGGGGGCACCACGCUCUUCCGGGGGCUGGAUGGCCGUCUUCUGAGGGAGCUGGAGCAGGCGGCUUCCAAAGGGACCACCAUCAAGGUCACAGCGCCGCCCGACCGCUGCUUCUCCACGUGGAUUGGCGCCUCCAUUGUCACUUCCCUGAGCAGCUUCAAGCAGAUGUGGGUCACCUCUGCGGACUUCAAGGAGUUUGGGACGUCCGUGGUUCAGAGAAGGUGCUUCUGA